GUCAGGACCCUCUGCACCCGCAUGCGGGGGCUUGUGUCCCAUCUGAUGCCAAGGCUGAAGGAGUCUCGCUCUCACGAGUCCCUGCUCAGCCCCAGCAGCGCGGUGGAGGCGCUGGACCUCAGCAUGGAGGAAGAGGUGGUUAUCAAGCCCGUGCACAGCAGCAUCCUAGGCCAGGACUACUGCUUCGAGGUGACUACUUCUUCGGGAAGUAAGUGCUUCUCCUGCCGGUCAGCAGCCGAGCGGGACAAGUGGAUGGAGAACCUGCGGCGAGCCGUGCACCCCAACAAGGACAACAGCCGGCGGGUGGAGCACAUCCUGAAGCUGUGGGUGAUCGAGGCCAAGGACCUGCCAGCCAAGAAGAAGUACCUGUGCGAGCUGUGCCUGGACGACGUGCUGUACGCCCGCACCACGGGCAAGCUCAAGACGGACAACGUCUUCUGGGGCGAGCACUUUGAGUUCCACAACCUGCCGCCCCUGCGCACCGUCACCGUGCACCUGUACCGCGAGACCGACAAGAAGAAGAAGAAGGAGCGCAACAGUUACCUGGGCCUGGUGAGCCUGCCUGCCGCCUCGGUGGCCGGGCGGCAGUUCGUGGAGAAGUGGUACCCGGUGGUGACGCCCAACCCCAAGGGCGGCAAGGGCCCCGGGCCCAUGAUCCGCAUCAAGGCCCGCUACCAGACCAUCACCAUCCUGCCCAUGGAGAUGUACAAGGAGUUCGCCGAGCACAUCACCAACCACUACCUGGGGCUCUGCGCCGCCCUGGAGCCCAUCCUCAGCGCCAAGACCAAGGAGGAGAUGGCGUCGGCCCUGGUGCACAUCCUGCAGAGCACGGGCAAGGUGAAGGACUUCCUGACUGACCUGAUGAUGUCAGAGGUGGACCGCUGCGGAGACAACGAGCAUCUCAUCUUCCGGGAGAACACGCUGGCCACCAAGGCCAUCGAGGAGUACCUCAAGCUGGUGGGCCAGAAGUACCUUCAGGACGCACUAGGGGAGUUCAUCAAGGCGCUGUAUGAGUCAGAUGAGAACUGUGAAGUGGACCCGAGCAAGUGUUCGGCCGCUGACCUCCCCGAGCACCAGGGCAACCUCAAGAUGUGCUGCGAGCUGGCCUUCUGCAAGAUCAUCAACUCCUACUGCGUCUUCCCGCGAGAGCUUAAAGAGGUGUUCGCCUCCUGGCGGCAGGAGUGCAGCAGCCGCGGGCGCCCGGACAUCAGCGAGCGACUCAUCAGCGCCUCCCUGUUCCUGCGCUUCCUCUGCCCCGCCAUCAUGUCGCCCUCGCUCUUCAACCUGCUGCAGGAGUACCCGGAUGACCGCACGGCCCGCACCCUCACCCUCAUCGCCAAGGUUACCCAGAACCUGGCCAACUUUGCCAAGUUUGGCAGCAAGGAGGAGUACAUGUCGUUCAUGAACCAGUUCCUGGAGCACGAGUGGACCAACAUGCAGCGUUUCCUGCUGGAGAUCUCCAACCCUGAGACCAUCUCCAACACCGCGGGCUUCGAGGGCUACAUCGACCUGGGCCGCGAGCUCUCCAGCCUGCACUCGCUGCUCUGGGAGGCCGUCAGCCAGCUGGAGCAGAGCAUUAUAUCCAAACUGGGGCCCCUGCCUCGGAUCCUAAGAGACGUCCACACGGCGCUGAGCACCCCGGGCAGCGGGCCGCUCGCCGGGACCAACGACCUGGCUUCCCCGCCCGGCUCUGGCAGCAGCAGCAUCUCUGCAGGCCUGCAGAAGAUGGUCAUCGACAGCGACCUCUCUGGGUCCUCCGGGGUCCAGCCCUCACCUGCCCGCAGCUCAAGUUACUCGGAAGCCAACGAGCCCGACCUUCAGAUGGCCAACGGCGGCAAGAGCCUGUCCAUGGUGGACCUGCAAGACGCCCGCGCGCUGGACGGGGAGGCAGGCUCCCCGGCGGGCCCCGACGCCCUGCCGCCGGCGCCCCGUGCCCGCGCGGCUCGCAGCCCUGGCAGGUCUCCCUCUUCAGCGGCCUCGCCUUCCACUGCGCCGGCGUCCUCAUCGACAAGAGCUGGGUGCUCACGGCCGCGCACUGCUCCAACAACAAGCCGCUGUGGGCCCGAGUGGGGGACGACCACCUGCUGCUGCUCCAGGGGGAGCAGCUCCGCCGGACCUCGCGGCCCAUCCUCCACCCCAAGUACCGCCCGGGCUCGGGGCCCCUGCUGCACAGGCGGACGGACGACCCAGGCCCUGCGCCUGCCCUUCCGCUGUGCUCAGCCCGGAGACCAGUGCCAGGUGGCCGGCUGGGGCAGCACGGCCACCCGGAGAGGCAAGCGCUGGGGCCCUUCACCCGUGAGCCCUAAUGCCCUGGACCGCACGGCCGCUUGGCUCUUGACCAUGAACGCACAGUUGUUAGAAGACGAGGGCCUGGGCCCAGACCCCCCCCACAGGGAUAGGCUAAGGAGUAAGGAGGAGCCCAGCCAAGCGGAAAAGGACCUGGCGGUGCUGCAGGACAAGCUGCGCAUGUCCACCAAGAAGCUGGAGGAGUACGAGACGCUGUUCAAGUGCCAGGAGGAGACGACGCAGAAGCUGGUGCUGGAGUACCAGGCGCGGCUGGAGGAGGGCGAGGAGCGGCUGCGGCGGCAGCAGGAGGACAAGGACAUCCAGAUGAAGGGCAUCAUCAGCAGGCUGAUGUCCGUGGAGGAGGAGCUGAAGAAGGACCACGCGGAAAUGCAGGCGGCCGUGGACUCCAAGCAGAAGAUCAUUGAUGCCCAGGAGAAGCGCAUCGCCUCGCUGGACGCUGCCAACGCCCGCCUCAUGAGUGCCCUGACUCAGCUGAAAGAGAGGUACAGCAUGCAAGCCCGUAACGGCAUCUCCCCCACCAACCCCACCAAAUUGCAGAUUACCGAGAACGGCGAGUUCAGGAACAGCAGCAAUUGUUGACCUGAGGAGGGGGGAGCCUCCCCAGGAGUGGGGGGCUGUGGCGGCCCAGGGCAGGCUCUCGGCCCGGGGAGCAGCCCCCACAGCCGCAGCCCCCCGCGGGCGAGAGGCCGAGGCUCGUGUCCCCCGCCUCCGCCCGAGGUCCCGGAGGCGGCCGCAGAGGGAGCCUCGAGAGACUGACGCGGCCUGCUCCCCUUCUCUUCUGGCCGAGAAGCGUGUGGGGCAGGCAGAAAAGACUGCACGCUGGGGGCGGGCGGCGGCCAGCACACGCCUGCUGUUGUCGAGUCCGGAGUCCGGUGUCCGCCGUCCGAGUGCACGGACCCCGCACCCUGCCAGGGAGCGAGCUGCCUCCCUGGGGACAUGGAGUAUGAAGCGCUAGGGGCCAGUCCUAAGCGUCCCCUCGCCUGCCUCCGAGGGACCCCGCACUCCCUCAGCCAGGCCCCCCAGGUUCCAGGAGCUGACAGGUGACCGGUCGGUCGGUCGGUCAGCGGGCAGGGAGCGGUGGGGGACGGAGCUGCCGGCGCGUGGCGCCUGCCCUGCCCGCCCACCCCGAGCCCCUGCCGCUGCGCGCAGCCUGUCUGGGCCCCGCGUGGCUGCAAGGAACUGAGGGCCCCCCCCCCCGCACCCGUCCCAGACUCCCCUUUUCACCUCACCUCCCCCCUCUCCUUCCCUCCCUGUUCUGCCAAAUAGGCCACGAGGGGACCACAGCGCACUUUUCUGGGCCCUCGUCCCUGAGACCCAGAGCCUCCCCACUUGCCGCACGGGCCCCGGUGGUACCCUGCGGCUCCCGAAGCCAAAGAUCUGGGCGGUGUUGGCCCCGAAGGCCCCACGGUGCCUGCCCUCCUCUGGGGGCCCGGCCAGUAGGGCGCGGCACGCCCGCACGCAGUGCUCAGCCAUGCCACCCCGAGGGACAGGCUGGUCUCCCCCAGUUGCUGGUCUGAAGAAAAAAAAAAAAAAGAAUUCUAAUGCCCACAGGCCCUGAGAAGGUGGAUAACUGUGAUUUUUUUUCCUUUCACAGUAUGCAUUAGAAACAAAAGCCCGCUUGCUCGCUUGCUGGAACACAGGGGCCUUUUAAAUUGAGCGUGCGCACUGCAUGGGAAAUAGCGGCCCUGGAGGAUGUUAGACUUGCUCCCUCUCCAAGACGGCAGCAGCCUGCAGCCGCCCCUCCCGCCCCAGCCGAGGACCAGGCGCUGCACACAGGGGAGGGGCGCCCCCGCCGUGGGCCGCUUUUCCUCAGCUCUAGGCUGCUCUGUGGCUUUCCAGCCCCCUCCCCUCGGCGGGCCAUAGGUGGGCAGGAGCUUGGUCCCCCGUUCCUCCCGUCCCCUCCCCUACAGGUGGCAGCCCCGGCCCUGGCUAAUGACAGUGUGGGCAGGAGCUGGGGCGCUGGCCCUUGGCGGGGCCAGGCCGGGCGAGCAGCGGGAGCCGCCCCGCUGAGCCUCGGGAAGCUGGGCAGGCCUGGGAAUGAGCGCCGAGCCUGCCCCAGGGCCGGGCUGACCACAGAGCCCCUGAGGCAGGGGCGUGCGGCCUGCCCUCGCCCCAGCCCUGCGAGUUCUGGAGAGGGGCUCGUAGAUGGAGCCUGUAGUCAGGGAGGCCAGCGACAGGGGCCGUAGGGGCACAGACCUCAGGAAGGACAGGCGGGGCCGACCCCUGCCCCUCCUGGCCACA